UGAAGAUUAACAUUUCUUUACAGUCUGUCUUCUGCUUGCAGUAAGUAUGGCUACAGAGGACACUCCGUUAUAUUUUCAUGAUGGAGACAUCAUUCAACUUUACUGUCCACUUGAGUCUGGCUAUGUGUACAGUGAACCUAACAGUACUUCUGACCUUGAUUUGAGCAUUGUUUCAAAAGAAAAGAUCAAAGUUGCUGACUUUGCUGCAUUUAGUAUUACUCUUAAAAAGGAAUCAGAAAAUAAAGAAAAACACAGUUCAAGCAAAGAGAAAGCUAAAAGUGAAGAGACAGAAAAGAUUGCUUAUGGCAGUGUUAUCUGUGUGAAGCAUCAAGCUUCUGAUAAAUUUUUGAUAGCAAAUGACGAAAAUGAAGUGAAGCUAUCAUCAUCUGAUGAUGCUAAAAGUUUGUUUAGAGUUGUUUCUCCUAACCACGAGUUAGAAUGGGGUAAUCUACUAAAAGAUAAUGAUCCAAUAAAGCUUGAGUGUAAUAGAUCUAGUUUAUUUGUGAAUUUUAAUUAUGUACAAAAAAGAAAAUGCUAUAAACCAACAUUAAAAGCAAAUGGAACUGUUUUUGAUGUCCAAAUGUAUUGUCAUAAACAGAAUUCAAAAAGUAUAAAGGGGGGCAGUCCAAUCAUUAUAUCUACUCUUCUGAAUAUUGAGGGAUAUCUGUGUGCUACAGGAUCAUUUUUUAGUAGCAAAAUUGAUGAGAUUGAGAGUACCAGGCCUCUUGAAGAACCAAGUGCUUCUUAUGGCCGCUCACUUGAAGAACCAACUGAACAACAGAGUGGGAUAGAACAACAGAGCAGGAUAGAACAACCUGAUGAACAACCAAAGUACUCAUUAACUAAAGAGGGUCAUGGCAAGGAAGGGAUGAAAGUUGAUUUAUGCAAAUUCAUGGAAGGAUCAUUUAAGAAGUUACCAGAAUAUGGUGAUGCAUUCUUUCAGCUAGAGAGAGUCUCUGGACCAUUUGGUUCUCCAAUUCUGUUUGGAGAGGAAUGUCGAAUUAAACAGUUGUUCAGCUUCAAGUAUUUAGCUAUCAAAUCUAGCCCUGCCCAAAAGGUUGUUCUUUGUGAUUUUAAUGAAGAAAAUGAAUCAAAUGUGAUUUUUAAAGUCUUGUCAGUUUCUGGGUCAAUAGACCAUGAGGAAGUAUGUGAUUUUGAUAAAGUUACUUUUCAACAUGUAAAAAGUUCAAAGUAUUUAUCUGUCGAUUUGAGAAUACGACAUGGGCAAGGCAAACGUUUUGAUCUUACUGCUAAUGAAGACUCGGGUGUGUUGCAAAGCCAAUUUAAAGUGUUACAGGUUAAGAAGUAUCUUUUGAUGGAUAGCUACUAUGCUUUAGGGCUCAGCUCAUUCUUGUAUGACUCCUACAUAAUGUUGCAAGACAAAGGCGAAACCUUAGUACCCAUGUGUGUAAUUCAAAACGAAAUAGAAAAAAAGAUGAUUUAGUUAGAGGAGAAACAAUGUAGAACUAGCUUUAUAUUCAUG